CCACAAAACGGAAGAAUCGUGCUUGCAUCUCACAAAAACGACACCGUAUCUCUCCAACAAAAAGAUUCAUCUUCAUAAGAGAUUACACCUUAUCCAAUUUGUGGUUGCAUUAGGAGAAGCCAUUUUUUCUUUGUGACUCGGAACUUUCAUCUCUUUCAAUGGCUUCCCUAUCUACCACUUCCCUAAGCUUCAAAGCUCCGUCCAUACAAUCAACCAGAAUUUCUCAGGUGUUGAGGAAAGCCUCGAGUUUUCAAUCUAUCUCCUUUGGUCGUUUCCAUUCGUCAAAGAGCCUUCGUCUUCAAAUCAGUUGUGCAGCAAAACCAGAGACAGUGCAGAAAGUGAGUGACAUUGUAAAGGAACAAUUGGCUUUGUCCGCCGACACUGCGCUCACUGCCGAGUCCAAGUUCUCUGCUCUUGGCGCCGAUUCUCUCGACACCGUGGAGAUAGUGAUGGCUUUGGAGGAAAAGUUCAACAUAAGUGUGGAGGAAUCUGAUGCUCAGAACAUUACGACGAUUCAAGAGGCGGCUGAUUUGAUCGAGGAUCUUGUUCAAAAGAAACCGGCAACUUCCGAAGCUUCCUAAACUCUCCCGGUUUAACACCAACCGGUACAUCAAACCGGACGGCUGUCUCUUUUCUCUUUUUUCUUUCUGACCUUUCUUGGUUUCAGAGCAUUUUAUUUUGGUAUAUUAGACUGUUUGUUAUUAUUAUUUUUUUCCAUCUUCUGGAAGCUAAGAUUGAAUGUUGACAAUGAGACUACAUUGUGGUACGUUGAGAUUGAUUCUUUGCGGUGAUUGGUCGUCUUUUAUGACGAAUAUAUAAAAACAUAAAAUGUGUUUUGUGUCAC